UGUCAAUGCUCAGCAUUCACUUUCCUAGGUGCCCGCGCAUUCAAUGAAUUCUUGCCAAUUCUGAGCGCUCAAACCAAAGGCAUGGUCGCCUUAAAGCCAUUCCCGAUCUUUGUAAUUUAUACAUAUAUCGAGUAGGACCUCACAUGCCAUAGUUUCUCUGCUACACAGAUUUAAACAUUUUCACCUACCACAGCACGGCACACGUCUCUCUAGACCAUGCUUCCAGUGGUUAUUACAUUGUUUUCCCUGUGUGCAAUCCUCCUCCUUCCGGUCACCUGCCUUGGCCGGUUGCCGGAGAACCAUGUGGCUCUCUUUGUCUUUGGGGACUCACUCUUGGAUGCCGGGAACAACCUUUAUUUGAACACCAGCGUGAAGAUGAACUACUUCCCUUAUGGAGAGACCUUCUUCAAGCAUCCGACUGGAAGAGUUUGUGACGGCCGAAUUGUGCCCGACUUCAUUGCCGAAUAUGCAAAGCUGCCGUUGAUCAGACCAUACUUGGAGCCCGGGUUCAGUAACUAUACCAACGGGGUCAAUUUCGCAUCGGCUGGAGCAGGCGUCCUCCCAGAGACUCGUCCCGGGACAAUACACCUGAAGCUACAACUGAGCUACUUUGAGGAGGUGGUGAAGCGGCUGAGGCAACAACUCGGAGAUGAGGAUGCUCACAAGUUGCUGUCCGAUGCAGUGUACUUGUUCAGCAUGGGAGGCAACGACUACAUGGUCCUCGAUACCAACCCCAAAUCAUCUGUCCUCACUGCUGCUUACAAGGAGACAUUGGUGACAAUGGUGCUGGGAAAUUUCACAACUGUGAUCGAAGAAGUAUAUGCACUAGGAGGGAGGAAGUUUGCUUUCCAGAACGUUGGGCCGAUCGGAUGCAUGCCGGCCACCCGAGUAUCCUCGGGGAUCGACGGCUGCCUUCACAAUCCAUCCAUACUGGCGAAGAUGCACAAUAUCGCCUUGUCGAGGUUGCUGAGGAAGCUGGCAUAUCAGCGAGCCGGAUUCUCAUACGCGCUCUUCGACUACUACACCUCCCUCACUAUGCGAACUCUGCACAGCUCGAAAUUCGGAUUCAAGGAAGGGAAGAGCGCCUGCUGUGGGAGCGGGGCGUACAACGGGAACUUCACCUGCGGAGGCAAGAAUGGGACGGCGAACUACAAUUUGUGCGGCGACCCAAGCGAGUACGUGUGGUUCGAUCCUGCUCAUCCGACCGAGAGCGCCAAUAAGCAACUGGCCAGUCUGCUCUGGAACGGGCCGACCCGUAUCGUCAGGCCUUAUAACUUGAAGAUGUUCUUCGAUGCGUCUAAUGUACAGGUGAAUUGAGCGGUGAUAUGUUAGGCAACUAUAGCCCUGAAUAAUAUGUUUUGUUCUUGAUUUGACCCACGUUAACCUCAUGCAUUGCAUGUUAAAACAUCAGUAAGUCUUGCUUUACGAUGCUAAGCAACUCCUUUGGUUCUAGAAA